AUGCAUAGAAUUUUUUUGACAUGUAGCUUCAUUAUCCCUUUUGCCCUUUAUGCAGGUACUUCAGAACCUUCUUUUAUUGCUAAAAGUGAAGACCGUUUGUUUAAACACCUAUUUGAAGAUUACGAAAGAUGGGUUCGACCGGUGGAACGCUUGAAUGACACGAUCAAGGUGAAGUUUGGCCUUGCGAUUACUCAGCUGGUGGACGUGGAUGAGAAAAACCAGUUGAUGACGACAAAUGUUUGGUUGAAGCAGGAAUGGGUUGAUGUAAAACUGAAAUGGGAUCCUAAAGAUUAUGCUGGAAUAACAUCUAUCCGUGUCCCUUCAGAGUCAAUAUGGAUUCCAGACAUUGUUCUAUAUGACAAUGCAGAUGGUCGCUUUGAAGGAACAUCUACAAAAACCGUAGUGAAACACGACGGCACGGUUGCUUGGAGCCCUCCGGCGAAUUACAAAAGCUCCUGUACUAUAGAUGUCACUUAUUUUCCAUUUGACCUCCAAAACUGCACCAUGAAAUUCGGCUCCUGGACGUACGACGGCUCGCAAGUCGAUAUAAUUCUGGUAGAUGAAGAAGUUGAUAAGAGAGACUUCUUUGACAAUGGCGAAUGGGAAAUCGCGGCCGCCACGGGGGUCAGGGGGAACCGGACCGACGGAUGCUGCUGGUACCCGUUCAUCACCUACUCGUUCAUCAUCCGGCGCCUGCCACUCUUUUAUACCCUGUUCCUCAUCAUCCCUUGCAUAGGCCUCUCGUUCCUGACUGUCCUCGUCUUCUAUCUUCCCUCUUACGAAGGAGAGAAGAUCUCUCUGUGCACCUCCGUGCUGGUAUCCUUAACCGUCUUCCUCCUUGUCAUCGAAGAAAUCAUACCAUCGUCUUCUAAAGUCAUUCCCCUGAUCGGCGAGUAUCUGGUCUUCACCAUGAUUUUCGUGACGCUCUCGAUUGUGAUCACGGUCUUCGCGAUCAACGUCCAUCACCGGUCCUCGUCGACACACAACGUGAUGUCGCCCUGGGUUCGCAAGAUAUUUCUGCACAAGCUGCCGAAGCUGCUGUGCAUGCGAAGCCACGUGGAUCGGUACUUCGCUCCGGAGGAGGACCCCCCGAAUCCCGCCGGAUCCGAGGAGGAGCCCUCUAGGAAUACUCUGGAAGCAGCCUUGAAUUCCAUCCGGUACAUCACGAGGCACAUCGUGAAGGAGAAUGAAGUACGUGAGGUUGUUGAGGACUGGAAAUUUAUAGCCCUGGUGCUUGAUCGAGUUUUCUUAUGGACGUUCCUUCUGGUUUCCAUUAUUGGUUCUCUGGCACUGUUUAUUCCUGUCAUUCAUAAAUGGGCAAGCAUCACCGUCCCAGUCCAUAUUGGAAGUGUUAAUUAAUAAAGCACAGGUAGGGGUUCGGUCGUCUCCAUCUAUCUAGGAGUAUUCAUCUCAGCCGUAGCGGAGAAAUUACCUGGCACACUUUAAUAUCUAACUAUGAAAUAUCUGAAGGAAUGGAGUUGGGAGCAGGCAUUUGUGCCUGGAGUUAAGCAUGGAUAGCUUAGGACACAAGUAGGAUAUUUUUGGGGGGUGUUAGUUCCUUGUAUUCCUAUUUGGAGAUCAGAACUCACCUGCUUGUCAUCCGUGUGUCCUAAAUCCUGCAAAAUCUAAACGUGUCAUUUCCAUUUCACGAGCAACACCGACUUUUUCUGUUAUGCAUUAAGCUUGUGCAACUGGCUUGCGCAAGUGUAAUUUUAGCUUGAUUUUCUUCCCGUGCAUAGAUCGGAGUCUCGCUUCCAUUAGCGUAACAUCAUUUACACUAGCAGAGUCACACUGUUGGAUGCAGCCCUAAGUACGUAUGUAUUUAUUUAAGGUAUUUCUCUACCUUUCUCUUAGACGAGUUCUCAGAACAGUUUGCAGUGUGUGUGUGCAGCAGUUCAUAGAAUCAAAGCUGUGCCAAAUGUUGUAAUAACGACAAUAAUGCGGCAUUUUAAAAUUAGAGCUUUCUAGGGUGCCCUUUGGUAAAACUAUUAAGGCAAUGCAGAAAAGUUAGGAAAAUGGCAUUGCUUUAUAUGCUAUCUCAGUAAUGCUUUCCAAGGUUCCUUUAGGGCUGGCCAGUAUUUUUAUCCCAGUGGGAGGCCGAGAGGACAGGGGUUUGAUUAAAGCAAAUGCCUUUCUGUUUGAUUUGCCAUUCACAACUUGUAAAGUCCUAGAGCAAGAUCCCUCCUUCAGCCAAAGUGAAACCGAACAUGUGAACCGACUAAUCAUUUGCACAGUUAUUUUCCGUCCCUGCUUUUGGGAAGCAAAG